AUGAAACUACUUCUCCUCGCUCCCCUCCUCUCUCUCGUCCAGGGGAAACUCCUCCUGGAUUUCAACGCCGCCCGGGGCGACAACCCAUCCGUUCUAGGCGGCGUGAACCUCGAAGCUGCCAAGGGCGACAAGCGUCAUGGCAACACCCCCGAGCUCUACAUCAAGAUGGACAAGGAUCCCAAGGGUGUGCCGGCUCUGCAUUUCCAUCGUGAUAAAGGCUAUAUCCGCACCGAGUACCACGCUAUGCGCGGGAAGACCAAAAAAGACUCCACUUAUUACAUUGGAUAUAAUGUGAUGUUGGGGGAGGUGCCGAAUGGAUUAUGUAUUUUUCAAUUUAAGGAAUUCAAAGCCAAUAACCAGCACGACGGCGGAGCCAACAUCCCUCUGGAUCUCGAGAUCAAAAAAGGCACGUUGAACUUUGCGUACCAGGCCAAGUUCGGCGUCGACAUGGAGAAUCUCUGGUCCAUCAAGCCCAAGGCUAACACGCCCAUGCAUAUUGGCCUGGGGAUCAACACCUCCGAGGACGGAUGGGUCGAGCUGUACUUUGACGGGAAGAAGCAGACGCUUAAGAACGGCAAGACGCGCAUGUCUGCGAACACGUUCCCGGGCAAGACGGAGCCCAAGUUCGGCAUGUAUCAUGGCGAAGAGGUCGCUGUCGAUAGCUAUGUCUAUGCGGUGCAGAUUGGGACCGAGUUGAAGGAUAUUCUGGAGAGUGCGGGAUUGGGGAAUUCGACUGGUAGAUUGUAA